AAACACGACAAAAACACAAUCCUGUACGUGACCAAGACCAUAUAUAAGAGAAGAACCCACGAAAGUCUUCAGCAUUUGCACCUCGUUGCAGAGCACCAAGAGGACAGAUCAUUCGCUUUGGGGGUUAUCGGAGGUAAGCAAUCAAAAGCUGUUUAAAAAUAUGGAGUCACUUACAUGUAAAUUCACUGUAAAUUCGAUGUAACUCGAACAGUGUUUGUAUAUUGGAACGCAUUCCAAACUACUCCAAUCUAAACUUAGCUUUUAAAAUUGUGACAGUUGUAAUGCUUUUCUUGCCGUUCAAUUUCUUUAUAUUCUAGUGUCAAAGACUCGUUUUACUUUAAAUAUUAAAUAAUAAGAUCAAACUCCAACCGCAGAAUAAAAGAAGUAUCAUAGGUAAUCGGGUAGGGUGAGAGAGAGCAAACUACACCGAUCUACACCUUGCACCAGCCGCUAUUUAACUGUCCAAAGAUGCUUGCUUCAUCAUUUCUUUAAGUGAAUCACCAUCACCUUGGAAUUGAUCCAGAUCAUGAUAUAGGAUUCUAUUGACAAAGUAUGUAUUUUGCUUUGCAGCCUUUCUACACAAUGAGUCAAAAAAAGCUUAAAGGUCCCUGGCGUCCCAAGCUGCUCUACCAUCGUCUGAUGCUUCCCAACUGGCUCCGUACAAGUGAUAAAGUCGAAUGGAACUCUCCAAAGGAAGGAGACGAUCUCAAUCUUGUAAUCCCACCCGACUCUAUGGACUGGGAGAACAUAUUUAGAGUUGCUUUGAUCCCCAAAAAUGUGUUGGACGACGACGCGGACAUCACAGUCAAAAUGAAAGUGGGAGUCAUAUUGCCUGAGCCUCAAAAGCCUCGCGAUCCUAUGUCCUAUAUGAUCUCUGAUGGGGAUUAUUCUAUUGGAAUGCAACUGCUAGACCCAAACCACGACUAUCGUACAAAGGGUCCCUACAAACCAGUGGAGGGUGAAUCUCAAAAGAGAAAGUUGAAAGUGGAUACGUCUGAUGACUACAGUAACGUCCUAGUUUCCACCACGGUCCAAAAAAAUCCCGAUCAGUUUGAGUUGACGUUCAAACCAUCCGAGACGUUUGGUUCUGCGUACUGUGCCAUAGAUGAUGGUCACAAGAUUGUCGCACAAUAUGGUGACACCUUAAAGCUCAGUAAGGGAUUGACGUUUGAGCUGUAUCGCUACCAAAGCACAGAGAGGUACACAAUCAACUACAUUGAGAUUACUGUGUACCUGGACUCCAAGCCUGUUUAAGCAACUAAGGACUGAGUAGUUUGUGUAGGACUAGCCCAGAGUAUUGGCGGCAGCUUUGUAACCAGUUAGUUUUCUUAACUGGCUUGCUUCUUUGCUUUUGUCUGUUGUAACCACUUUAGAGCGCGAUGAUUAAAGUUUGUAGCGUGAAAUAUUGGAC